AAGAUCCGCCGCCGCAACAGGACCAUCGCAUCAUGCCUGAGUUGUCGCCAACGUAAAUUGAAAUGCGACAAACAAGUACCGUGUGGUAACUGUCAGCGCUUCCAGAGAGAUUGUUUGUACAUUGCUCCAGCUCUGGACACUGCUGCUCAGCAGAAGUUGGCUGAAAUCAAGGAUCGACUCGGUGACCUCGAAGAAACGCUUGAACGAGAUGUUGCUCGUCGCGCUGCCGCCAAAUCAGGAUCCGAUCGCUCUGCUGUAGUACCCAAGAUUGAAGCCGAAGACGAUGAUUACGAGGGCUUGUCAGCCGACGAUGAGCAAGAUCCUGAGCCCUCUCCUCUCGGCAUGUUUGAUCAGGUCUAUGAUAACGAUGCUGACGAUGGACUUAUGGAUCUUGGUAUUCAGCUCGGCAAGUUGCGAAUGUCCGACAGGGUGGGCGGCCUAGUGCGACCAAAAAUGUCUGACGAGCUCAAUGCAAAGCUGCGCAGUGCUAACCACAAGAGUCAAAACUUGUACUGUCAACGCCAUGGCUACACUGAUCCAAACGUGCCAUGGCAACCCGGCGCCGUAUCCCAAGAGGAGUUCCUCAAUCCUGGACCAGAUUUCAUUGUUCCGUCUUCGAAUUUGUUCUUCCCGGAGCCCAUAACGGCGUACUUUCUCCCACCUCGCCACGUUGCGGAUCAGCUCAUCACGCAAUAUCUCAAUGCCGUGCAUCCUGUCGCUCGUCUCGUUCAUCAGCCCACAUUCGAAAGACAAUAUACUCUCUUUUGGAGUAAUCUGAGUAAUGGCACGAUAACACCGGCUCCUAUUCAGGCCAUUCUCUUCGCAGCAAUGUUCUCGGCGGCUGUCAGUUUGUCUGAUGAUUCAGCUGCAUCGUUUUCCGAGAUGCCUAAGCAAUCGCUUGUGGAAAGGCUUCGUGAAAUGGCCGAGUUCAUGCUUUCAAGAGCAAAUCUUCUGAGGACAACGAAAAUAGACACCAUGCAGGCCUUCAUCAUGUAUUUGCUUCCCCUAUGUCGGACGGAGAUCUCCCGAGCACACUCGGCUCUCGUAGGGACCGCAAUUCGUCUUGCACAAUGCAUGGGACUCCAUCGCGACGGAACCACGUUCGGUUUGAGUGCUGUUGAUACUCACGUCCGAAGAUUGAUCUGGUACCAAAUUUGUUUCUUGGACGUCCGGACCUGCGAAGCUACUGGACCUCGUCCCCAGAUCCGUAAAGAAGAAUACGACACCAAGCUGCCUCUUAAUGUUAAUGACACGGAUCUUAUGACAGCCUCACCGCCAAGCGAUGAUCUGCCCUACUGGACCGAUAUGACCUUGUCUAAGCUCAAGUUCGAGUGUUACGAACUCAUACGCCAACUUUGGGUGGAUAUGCAGCGCAUGGACCAAAAGAAACUGUCUUUGACCUCCGUUCUAAACAGAAUCAAAAAGUUCCGAGCGACCACAGAAGCCAAAUACUCACCUCUGGUUCAAGGAAACACACCGAAGCAGAUUCUCGCAAAGCAAUUAUACCGUGCCUCCAGCAACAGAGCCUUGGUCGUCAUCUUGCAGCGAUAUGCUGUGGGCACGAACUACCCUAUGCCUGAGAGACUUCGCAAUCUACUUAUUGAGGCCUGUAUGGGUACUGUCGAAGCUGGCGUAGCCAUGGAGACCCGACAAGAGUUGGCAAUGUGGGCAUGGUAUCGCGGAGCUAUUCUACAAUAUCAUGCCGCCGUGCUUCUGGUGUUCGAAGUCUAUGCCAGACCCGAGAUGCCCGAGGCCACACGGAUCUGGAACAGUCUCGAUUACAUCUUCGAAACGCCACCUCAAGCUUCUCAGGUAGACAAGGCGGAGGGCAUUAUCAUCACGCUCCGGGACCGCCUAGAGAAAUACCACAGUGUACGGAAAUUACGCGCGACA